GACACAGACAGUGGUGAGGUGCAGAAGAAGGACUGCAUGUGGCUCCUGGUGACACAUGACAUGUGUGCCAAAGACGAUGUGAUGACAGCACUAGAGAAAGCCACUGGUGACAUAGUGUUCAAGUUUGAACCAUUUGUUCUUCAUGUGCUGUGUCAGGAGCUGCAGGAUGCACAGCUGCUGCAUUCGGUGGCUGUUGACUCUGGGUUCAGGAACUCUGGUAUUACGGUCAGCAGAGGAGGAAAAAUUAUGAUGGCUGUCCGGAGCACUCACUGCUUAGAGGUUCCAUUAAGCCACAAGGGGAGGUUGAUGGUCUCCGAAGAAUAUAUUGAAUUUCUGGUACAUGUUGCCAAUGGGAAAAUGGAAGAAAACAUAAGGAGGAUUGACAGAUUCCAGAAAGGCUUGGAGUUGGCUCUGGAAGCUGCUGUCCCUGCAGACCCCCUGACUGCCAAGGAGCUGGAGCAGAGCCGCUCCGUGUACGUGCGCAGGAGAAAGAGACGGAAUUCUCGGGGACAGGCUGUGCACACCCCUGAAGAGGAUCCCAGCUCUGCACUGCAGCCCCAGGAUGAUCCUGGAACCAGUCUUGAUCUGUUUGUUGAAAUGAUGAUAUAG